AUAAAACAUACUUGCUACGCAAGAGUAUAGGUUAUUGGGGAUUGUGAAAACGCCUCAUGAAUUCGAAGGUUAAUAGAAAGACAUAAUUGGUUCGCGACCAUGUUUAUCUGGAGAUUUUUAUCUCUCGUCUCCGCUAUCGUUCCGCUUGAUUAAUAUGAUCUCAUUUUAAACAGAAGUGCACCGUCAAUACGGCUACGAUUGUAGGCAGAUACAAGUCGGUCUCGCACAGUUACGUUCCGACGGCCGAAGAGAUUGGGUCGUGGUUGAAGAUUACUCCUGUAUCAAAAGAAAGUUUAACAAAAAAUAUAACUAUCAAACUUCAUAAUGGCUUUGGAAGAUUACAGAGAAAUCGUAGCCACAAGUGCUUUUCUUACAACCUUGGCACAAAUGUUUGCCGGCGUGUUUGUGUGUAAAGAUAUAUACAAAAAAGGAUCGGCCAAAGGCUUUCCAGCGAUGCCAUUCAUUGGUGGAUUUGGAAUGGGUAUCAUGACACUCAAGUAUGGCUACAUUUUAGGCGACACACCAACGAUAAGUGUUAAUAUAUGUGGUAUUCUAUUGAACGUUGGAUACUUCCUCUUCUACUAUGCCUAUUCCCCUGAUAAGACUGGUACACUUGCUUUAGCAGGUAAGGUAAUUGCUCUACUAGUAGCAAUUUUAGCCUAUGCGGAAAUGGAACACCCGGACAAAAUAGCCUACCGAUUUGGAAUUAUCCUGACUGUGGUGUUAUUCCUUCUCCUUUCGGCUCCACUCUUCAAUAUCGGUACGAUCAUAAAGACCAAAAGCACAGAAGGGUUGCCAUUCCCACUAAUUUUCAUGGGUGUUCUGGUGACCUCUCAGUGGCUCUUAUACGGCUUGAUUAUCGACAACGGCUUUCUAAUAUUUCAGAAUGCAGUUGCUUUUACUCUAUUGUCGGCACAACUGUCCUUAUUUGUGAUAUACCCGUCAAAAUCGACAAAGGAAUCGGAAUCUGUGCCAGAAAAGAAGAAAAACUAACGUCUUCCUACAUUCCAAGGAAAAAUCUUAUUAAAAUGUUGUUGAUAUUCCAUAACAAGUAUUGAAAUGCACGUCAUUGUUCCAAUUGUAUAUAAGAUAUACAUUUAUAUAUAUAUAUACACACAAGAUAUUUAAUAAUAGGCGUUAAAGACUCGUUAUUGUUUUAUUUGUAAAUAUGUAGGGUAUACCGGUAUGUUUUUGAUGAGGCAAAUGUAUUUUAUGCAUACAAAAUUAAUUUUCAACCAGCUAAUAUUAUGUUUGAUAAUAUCUGCAACUGACAAUAAUAAGAAAUAUUUUGUUGAC